CGCGAGAUUGUAAUGCUCGUCCGCUACUGAACAGUCGAGCUGUCAGAAUACAGUUAUUAAAAUACAAAAGAAGCGCUUUAUGUUCGCGAGUUGUUUGGCUACACAGGGUGAAAGGAUCCCAUUUUUUUGCUUGUUCAUUUAGCUAGCGUUUUGAAAACGGACUAAUAACUUUUAUCCACAAGGUCCAUCGUUAUUUCAGGUAUCUUUGUCACGUCUAAGGUUUUUUUUGUCUACUCAUCCACCGGCCUCGUAACCUCGACAAUGGCUGAUCCCAAAUACGCCAAUUUACCUGGAAUCGCGUCAAACGAGCCAGAUGUGUAUGAGACCAGUGACCUGCCAGAAGAUGAUCAGGCCCAGUUUGAGUCGGAAGAGCUGUGCAGUGACAGCGUGGAGAGGAUCGUGGUCAACCCCAACGCAGCCUACGACAAGUUCAAGGACAAGAGGGUCAGCACUAAAGGCCUCGACUUCUCAGAUCGUAUCAGUAAGAACAAAAGAGUGGGCUAUGAGUCGGGAGAAUAUGAGAUUUUGGCGGAGGGCUGUGGGGUGAAGGAAACCCCCCAGCAGAAGUACCAGCGGCUGGUUCAUGAGAUCCAGGAACUCAGUCAGGAGGUGGAGACCAUCCAGGCGACCACACGGGACAGCAGUUCAGAGGAGCGUCUGACUCCUGUCGUCCUCGCUCAGCAGGCUGCCCAGCUCAAACAGCAGCUGGUUUCUGCCCACCUGGACUCACUGCUGGGACCACAGGCACAUAUUAAUCUAGCUGACCCAGAUGGAGCACUGGCCAAACGUCUGUUAACCCAGCUGGAGGCAGUGAGAGGCAGUAGGGGCAGUACAGGGGAGGGGAAGGCCCCAGCAGCCAAAGGUCCUGACGGUGUGGUGUUGUAUGAGCUACACAGCCGGCCAGAGCAGGAGAAGUUCACAGACGCUGCCAAGAUGGCAGAGUUGGAGAAGCGGCUUUCAGAGCUGGAGACUGCUGUGGGUUCUGGAUCAGACAAACCGGGACCUCUGAGUGCUGGGGUGCAGGGAGGCAGUCUCAUGGACACUAUGGAGCUGCUGCAGGCGAGGGUCAGUGCUCUGGACUCAGCCACUCUGGACCAGGUGGAAGCCAGGCUGCAGAGCGUCCUUGGAAAGAUGAACGAGAUUGCCAAGCACAAAGCAACCAUUGAAGAUGCUGGCACACAGAACAAGGUGUCUCAGCUGUAUGCUGUGGUGCAGAAGUGGGACACCAUGGCAACCUCUCUGCCCCAGGUGGUGCAGAGGCUCAUGGCUGUCAAGGAGUUGCAUGAACAAGCCAUGCAGUUUGGUCAGCUGCUGACCCACCUGGACACCACCCAGCAGAUGAUCAACAACUCUCUGAAGGACAACGGGACACUGCUCUCACAGGUUCAGACAACCAUGAAGGAGAAUCUCUUGUCUGUAGAGGAGAACUUUGCAGCUCUGGACCAGAGAAUGAAGACUCUCAACAAAUAAAUCUGGUUUCUUUAUAAAAAAAACGUCUGUCAGGACAGUUGGGCAAAUUGAGGGAGUGGAGGAUCUUCUCUCUCACUCUGUUUCUCUUCCACCUCAGCCUUCUUUUUUUCCCGCAAAGUGGAAUGUUUGAUUUGAAAGUAUAAAAAAGAAAAAACAGGACAAAAAAAAGCUCAAAAAUGGCCACCAAAUUUUCUUGAUUUUUUUUUUUUUCUCCUUUUCCACAUCUCUCCAUUUGAAGUCUUUCAUUUAGUAUCAAAUGCAAUGCAUUACACCCACAUAUAUAUAUAUAUAUUAUCCCUUCAAAGCUCGAUGGCUUUUUCGCAAUGAAAAAUAUUUAUCCAGAUCCUUUCAACCUCUUCAUCCACACUAGUUGUAGGUCUGUGCUACAACAUUCCGCUAAGUCAUUUCAUUGAAUGUCCCAAUUUUGAGGGCUCAAGAAGUGGAAUAGCCAUGUCAGAGAAAAGACGUUGUCUACAACACAAAAACAAACAACCAAUGCUGAUUUAUCCACCCUUUUUCCCUGAAGUAUACACUUUGCACACUUCCUGUUGUGGAUUUAACAACGGUGGAAAAAGUCCCUCUAGUCCUUACACCAAUACAAUGAUGGGAAGUAGGCUAGUGCACACUUUGGGAGAAGGGAGAAGAAUCGGGACGCGUCGUCAACCAGAAAGACGAUGUAUGGACAUGUAGCAGUGUGUGUUGGGGGGGGCCUGAAGUCCCGGAGGGAUGCUUGUAAAUAUGCCUGUGUACCUUAAAUGUUUCAUGCUCAGUUGCUUGUAACUUAUUAUUAUUGUGGCUGAGACUAAAAUACCACACACUACUUUUUAAAUCUACUGCGUUGUUUGUCAUUGCCUACGAUGGACUGUACUGUACCUGACUGUUGAGAUAUCUGAAUAAACAACAUGCUUAAACUACA